GCAAGCUCACAGGGGCGGUAGGAACUACACUUCCCAAGAGCCAUCGGAGCAGGGCUGGGCGGGGCCAGGCGAGGAGGCGGGGCUCUGGCCGCCGCGGUGGUUGUGGCGGCUCAUUCGUAAAUGCCGCGGCUACUGGAUGGUGACUCUGUUAUUGGUUGGAGUGGUCUGGACCGCUGGCUCUUCGUGGAACGGGUCCAUCGGGGCUUCUCCAAAAGCUUUGUGGCUUUCGAGAAGAGCUGUGUUUUCCGGGGAGGUGGACCUGUCAGCCGAAAGUUUUCAAGGUGCUAAAAGUCAGUAGGUGUUCUGGAUUUCCCAGUGUUUAAAAGGAUCAUUAGACUGAAAUGUUCCUGAUGCCAACCUCUUCAGAAUUAAACAGUGGGCAGAACUUCCUAACCCAGUGGAUGACCAGUCCUCGGGCUGGGGUCAUAUUAAAUCGAGGAUUUCCUACUUUGGAAGAUGAGAAACAAGCAGUUACAAAUGUCUCUUCCAGCUUCCCAGUUAAAGCCACCCGCUUUUCCAACAGCUUCAGCAUUAGUAGUGAAGAGGGUUCCUUCCAGGAAGAAGAGAAGUUGGAGGCUGGAGGACUUUAUAAACUACAGUCAGAAAACUCCGAAGCCUAUGCAGUCUUUCCUCUAGUUAAAAAGGAACCAAUGGUGUCAUGUCAGGAUGCCCCUGGAUACCAGGAAGAUAACAAAAACGACUUUAUGCCUGAUCUUGCGAGUGAACUCAAAGAAGUGGCUAAUAAGAACCUGCUUUUUAAAAAACUGGAACAGCUGAAAGAAAUACAGCAGAAGAAGCAGGAGCAACUGAAGAGGCAGCAGCUGGAACAGCUGCAGAGGCUCAUGGAGGAGCAGGAGAAGCUGCUCAUCAUGGUGUCUGGGCAGCACAGGCUUCCAGGUACACUACUGCCUGACGAUGACCAGAGCCAGAAGUAUAGAUCUCCAGGAAGUUUAGCCUUGGGAGAGAAAGCCACUCCCUUCCUGCCAUCACAUAGCUUCGCAAAUCCAACAAAUCCAACCCAAGAAAACCUGCAUGCUUCCAACAUUUUAUCCAAUGAACAAAGCAAUUUCUGUAGAGCUACUCAUCAAGAUUCUGCCUUAACUUCAAAACAUGCUUCUGAUGUGUUUGAUGAGUCCCCAUAUCCAGAAGCACAUGUGAGAAUAACUGACUUAAAGGAAGAAAAUCGUGACCAUCCUUCAGGAGAAGGUGUUUUGCCAUGUUGGGAAAAGAGGAUGGGGAAGAGUCAGGAAGGGAAGGAUAUGAACUUACAAAAAAGAGGAGAUUCCUCAGAAGUGGUUAAUGUUGAAGAAAGGCCUAUCAAAGCUGCCAUUAGAGAAAAGAAGCAGACAUUCGAGGACUUCGUAGAAGAGCAGAUGCGGCUGGAAGAGCAAGAGCUGAAAGAGAAGCGGCUGCGGGAAGCAGAAGGACCAUUGCUAAUGAAAGCAAAGCCCAAGCAACCAUUUUUAAAACGAGGAGAAGGUUUAGCUAGGUUUACUAAUGCUAAAUCCAAGUUUCAAAAAGGGAAAGAAAGUAAACUAGUGAGUAGCCAGAGCCCACCAGAGGACCAAUCAGUAUGUAAAGCAGACAGACAACACUUGCAGAGGAAAACUGCUCUUAUAAAUAAAGACCUGUGUGCAGAGACCCCCACUGUUAAAAAAGACAGUAAAGCUAGAACCAAGGCUGGCUCUGCCUCACUCAGUCAGAAAUCCAAAGUAACCAAGAUCAGUAUGAGGGAAAGUCUCUCUCCACCAGGACUCAAAGUACAAAUGGGGAAGAAAUGUGAUGGGCAGUUUAGACACCAGAUCAAAUUAGAAAGAAGUGUACAAGCCAAUAAUAAGGAAAACGUGCCUGUGUGUGUAAAGCCCUGUGAUGCUGGUUGCAAGGUGUGGAACAAGACCCGGGCCAGAGAGAGACUUCCUCUUUCCACAGAGCCGGCUGACUGCGUGGCUUCUAAGAGCCUGAUGAGUGAGACAGUGAAAGAGACAGAAUCGUCCCUUGACAUUUCUCUUCAGAAAAAAUUAGAGAAUUGGGAACGAGAAAAAGAAAAGGAAAACUUGGAAUUAGAUGAAUUUUUAUUUUUGGAACGGGCUGCUGAUGAAAUAUCUUUUUCUAGCAAUUCCUCAUUUGUAUUAAAAAUUUUAGAAAGGGAUCAGCAGAUCUACAAAGGUCACAGGAUGUCUUCUACGCCUGUCAAAGCUGUGCAGCAGGAGAAGGCCCAUCAGAUGGAUCCCAGUGGGCAGAGUAACCGCAGUGAGCUUCCCCACCAGAAUGUUGCCUGUGAGGGAAAGGGUGAGGCCAUACUCCUGCCCCUGGGUCCAGGGUCCUCACCUGAUGGUUUGAGGGAACUGUCCUGUCAAGUCAGUAAGAAAGCCUUCCCAACCAGCCCUGCUGACAGUCAGGGCCGAUGGGAUGCAAGCGAUGAUGACGUGGCCAACAGUGCCAGUAGCUCUGAUUCUGAGGAGCAGCCUGAUGUUACCCUAAAACCAUCCACUGAGGCUGGGGAGAGGGUCUUCAGCCACAAAGAGGAUAGUCCACAAGUCUGCAGUGCUAAAGGACCUUUUAGGGACACCGGGACUCAAGAAGAUAAAUGGAGAGAUGCUGAUCUGGAUCUGUCUGAUAAAGAAUAUAGCAGUGAAGAGUCUGUCAUAGUCGAAAGCCUGAAAAAUAAAGUAUCUGAGCCAUCAAGAUUCCCCUUAUCUCAAGAUGUGAAUAAAAUUGACUUUGAUGAUGAAAGAUCUUGGACAGACCUUGAGGAGAAUUCAUACAAACAUAAUGUUAUUCUCAGAGAUGAAGCCAUAUAUGGUACCCCCCAGACACAGUACCCCAAUAAGAGUGAAGUAUGUGUUCUCGACAAAACAAUAAAAAGGAAGGUUGCUCCAGUCAAGAAGGGAGAAGACUUCAGCAAGUCUGACAGGAGCAGAAGCCCCCCUCCUCCAUCUGACUUGAUGAUGAAAUUCUUCCCUUCUUUGAAACCAAAGCCCAAAUUAGAUUCACACUUGGAAAAUGAACCCAAGUUAAACAUGAGUCAAGACCAACCACCAGGUGACAGUGUUCGAUCUCAGGUUUUGAGAGAGAAAGUUAUUGAACUGGAAUCAGAAAUAGAAAAAUUUAAAGCUGAGAACACAUCGUUAGCUAAACUUCGAAUUGAACGAGAAAGUGCCUUGGAAAAACUGAGGAGAGAAAUUGCUGACUUUGAGCAACAAAAGGCAAGAGAACUGGCCCGAAUAGAAGAGUUCAGGAAGGAGGAGGCACGGAAACUGCAGAAGGAACGCAAAGUCUUUGAAAAGUACACAGCAGCGGCGAGGACAUUUCCAGACAAAAAGGAGCGGGAAGAAAUACAGGCUUUGAAACAGCAAAUAACAGAUUUACAGGAAGAUUUGAAAAGAAAGGAGACAAAAUGGUCAAGUGCGCAUGGUCGCCUCAGAAGCCAGAUAGAAAUGCUAGUCAAAGAGAAUACAGACCUCCGAGAAGAGAUAAAGGUAAUGGAAAGAUUCCGACUGGAUGCCUGGAAGAGAGCAGAAGCCAUUGAGAGUAGCCCUAAGGCCUGCCAGCAUAUGACAGCUACAAAAAAGGAUGACUCCAUGAACUCAUCUAUUCAAUUUCAAAAGAGUCAUGUUUCUUCGGGAGCCCCAGUAGGAAAAUAUAAGAAAAAGUAUCUGCCAGCACAAGGGAAUCCACCUCGAAGAUCCAAGUCUGUGCCUCCUCGUGAUUUAGGCAGCUCGGAUAAAGGACAAGCUGCCUUGUCCAGAGAGCCUCGUGAACCAGUGAACUUCCCAGAUCUUGAAUAUAAAAACCAAGAGGAAAAAGAGGAAGAAAUUCAGGGAGAAAUCAAUCAUCCUGAUGGAAAGGUAGAAAAGGUUUAUAAAAAUGGGUGCCGAGUUAUACUGUUUCCCAAUGGAACUCGGAAAGAAGUGAGUGCAGGUGGGAAGAGCAUCACCGUUACAUUUUUUAAUGGUGACGUGAAGCAGGUCUUGCCGGAUGAGAGAGUGGUCUACUACUAUGCUGCUGCCCAGACCACACACACCACAUACCCGGAAGGCCUUGAAGUCUUACAUUUCUCAAGUGGACAAAUAGAAAAGCAUUUCCCAGAUGGAAGAAAAGAAAUCACAUUUCCUGACCAAACCAUUAAGAAUUUAUUUGCUGAUGGUCAAGAAGAGAGCAUCUUUCCAGAUGGCACAAUUGUCCGAGUGCAACGUGAUGGCAACAAAAUCAUAGAGUUUAACAAUGGCCAAAGAGAGCUCCAUACUGCCCAGUUCAAGAGACGAGAAUAUCCAGACGGGACUGUUAAAACUGUCUAUGCAAAUGGUCAUCAAGAGACAAAGUACACAUCUGGCCGAGUUAGAGUGAAGGACAAAGAUGGUAAUGUUCUAAUGGACACAGAAUUGUAAAGAUCUUCGUGGGAUUAAUCAUGAACUAACACUAAGUGGUUUUUCUGUUCAGAGUAUGUACGUUUCUUGUGUGUUCAGUUGUUUAAUUUAUAUAGUGUGUGUGUGUGUGUGUGUGUGUGUGUGUGUGUGUGUGUGUCUAAAUGUAAAAGAUUAUGUUUGACUUUUAAAAUUAAAGUUUUACAACACAGUU